ACAACACUGCUUAUAUAACUCUAACGCACCCCUCCCGUUCUUUCCUCCCCAAAGCCAAGUUGUGAGUUAUCUCAGUCAGUCUUCCAGUGAUCAUAGCCGCUUCAGGAAAAUGGCUGCCACUGUCUCCACCAUUGGAGCUGUCAACAAGUCAUUGUUGAGUUUGAACAAUGGGAAUGUGGGGAGUUCAGUUCCCAGCAGUGGUUUCUUCGGGAAGGGCUUAAAGAAAACCGGUGGGCACAGAGUUGCAAUGCCGAAGAUCUCAAACAGCAGGCAAAUGAGGGUAGCAGCCGAGGCGCCCGAGGCAGCUGAGCCCGAGAUUGAUGAGCAGAAACAGACCAAUCAGGACAGGUGGAAGGGGCUUGUAGAGGACAUCUCUGAUGAUCAGCAGGAUAUCACCAGGGGAAAGGGACUUGUUGACACUCUCUUCCAGGCUCCUAUGGGUACCGGCACUCACCAUGCUGUCCUUAGCUCUUAUGAGUACAUUAGCCAGGGCCUUCGCGAAUACAAUAUUGAUAACACAUUGGAUGGAUUUUACAUUGCCCCAGCUUUCAUGGACAAGCUUGUUGUCCAUAUCACCAAGAACUUCUUGAAACUGCCCAACAUUAAGAUUCCUCUCAUCUUGGGUGUUUGGGGAGGCAAAGGUCAAGGGAAGUCUUUCCAGUGUGAGCUUGUGUUCCGGAAAAUGGGAAUCAACCCAAUCAUGAUGAGUGCUGGAGAACUGGAAAGUGGGAACGCUGGUGAGCCAGCAAAGUUGAUUAGGCAAAGGUACCGUGAGGCAGCAGAAAUCAUCCGAAAGGGGAACAUGUGCGUUCUCUUCAUCAAUGAUCUCGACGCAGGAGCUGGAAGAAUGGGUGGGACUACCCAAUACACUGUCAACAACCAGAUGGUGAAUGCCACACUUAUGAACAUUGCUGAUAACCCAACCAAUGUCCAGCUCCCCGGCAUGUACAACAAGCAGGAGAAUGCCCGCGUCCCCAUCAUAGUCACCGGCAAUGACUUCUCCACCCUCUACGCUCCUCUCAUCCGUGACGGCCGUAUGGAGAAGUUCUACUGGGCACCUACCCGGGAGGACAGAAUCGGUGUUUGCAAGGGUAUCUUCCGCACUGACGGUGUACCAGAUGAGCAUGUUGUUAAGCUCGUUGACACCUUCCCCGGACAAUCAAUUGAUUUCUUUGGUGCCCUGAGAGCAAGAGUGUACGAUGAUGAAGUGAGGAAGUUCAUUGCAUCCAUUGGGGUAGAUGCAGUGAAUGAAAGACUGCUGAACUCUAGGGACGGCCCACCCAAAUUCGACCAGCCAAAGAUGACAAUUGAGAAGCUGCUUCAAUAUGGAUACAUGCUUGUACAAGAACAAGAGAAUGUUAAGAGAGUUCAAUUAGCCGACAAGUACCUCAAAGAGGCUGCCCUUGGAGAUGCAAACGAAGAUGCAAUCAAGAAUGGAAACUUCUAUGGACAAGGAGCCCAGAGUGGUAAUCUUAAGGUUCCUGAAGGCUGCACUGAUCCUCAAGCAACAAACUUUGAUCCUACCGCUAGGAGCGAUGAUGGAACCUGCACGUACCAGGUUUAAGGUUACGACAUCUGCAAAAGCGUUUGUUAGAACCCAAGAUGUCAGACUGAAAUAUUAUUCAGCGGACACAAGAGUAUAAUGUUUUGUAUCAAUUGUUCAUCUAUCGAUUACUUUUCAUAACAUUUACUCUCCGGGUGUGGGACCUAAGGGCUAAAUAUUUCUGUCUUUUAUGACAAAAGAGUAUAUUUGAUAAAGAUAUUUCUUUUUUUUUUGGAA